CCGGUCUGCCGGCCGCCGCCGCGCACGGCUACCUCGACAUGAGCCUGCUGCGCAGCCGUCUGCCGCCGGCGCCCAUCGGACAGCGUAUGCCCGACGCCUCCAUGUUCGGACCCGGUGGCUUGGCGCCGCUCGGACUGGCGCCGUCACGUCGCGAGCACACAGUGCCGCCGCCGAUGGCGCCCAGCCUGCUCGACAUGUACCACACGCCGCCGCCGCCGCCGCCGCCGUCGGUCGUGAGCCUGCACCACCCGCCGCCCAACAUGAUGAAGCACGCGCAGCUGCCCCGGCCGAUCGGCAUGGAGCGCAGCAUGCGGGACCGUCAGCAGCAGCAGUACCAGCAGCAGCAGCAGCAGCAGCACCAUCACCAGCAGCAGCAGCAGACAGCAACAGCAGCACUACAGCAACAAACCGCAGGGCCGGUCCUGGGAGUACCAGCCGUCCCAGGAGGUGGACAACGGCACCAACAAUUGGAUGACGCCGCCGCCGGCCACCGACGACAUCCCCACCUCCAGCUACAACAUGGACCACCAGUUCAGCCUGGAAGACCUCAACACGCUGCGGCGCGCCGCCACCAUCACCUCGGAGAUGGGGCCGGCGCGCGGCUACGGCUACUCGAACGGCGGCCUGGGCCUGCCGGGCGGCUUCGGGCCGUACGGCGCGCUCGGCGGCCGGCCCGGCAACAACAACGCGGCGUCGGCGGCCGUGGCCGGCGGCCUCGGCUCCCUGGCGGCGCUGGCUGGCGGCGACUCGUGGGGCCUGCCGGGCCUGGCCACCGGCAAACCCGCCGGCGCCGCCGACACGCACCAGAUGUGGGAGGACAGCUGGACGGGCUAGAGCGCCCGUCCGCACUCCACCGAGAGAGAGGAGAGGAGAGAGAGACUCGCCGCCACCCCACCACCCGGAGACGACCCACCCUUCUAUUUGGAAGCCUUU